GCAGGGCGGCGGUAGCGUUACUCCUUGUGAAUACGUCAAUAUAUAUUAUUUUCUGUUUUCUUUUACCAUGAAAGUCACGCCUCUUUUCAUUUUCUCUUAAUUUUAUUCUGAAUAUGUACAUUCAAUGCCAUUUUUUGUACUUUUGUACUUUUAGGUUAUACUCAAUCAAUGCUUAUUACACGGUAUAAGUACAUAUUCAUGCAUAUACAAUUUGGUCCAUGUUUAUGUGCCUUAUAUCACUAUUCAGGUAUGAUGUACUCACGAGAAGUAACGCCAUCGCUGCUCUACUACGUAGCCAAGAGAGAGAAGAGAGUGAAAGAGGUGAGCUCUUUAUUGUCUUUAGAAAGCGGCCUAAGUCUGCGCGGACACGGAGUCCAAGGGCGCAGUUGUGUUAGGCCUGGCGCUGAAGUUAAGCCGUCAAUGCUUCCCCGAGUCUCCCCCUAA